AUGACUGCUGCCGGUUUUCCUGGCAGCACAGUCUUUUGUGCCAUGUGCAAACAGCAGGUCCCCAAGAGUACGUGGGCUGCCCAUAGUAGUACUUAUGACCAUAGAAGACGGGAGGUCGUUGCCGCAUACAAGGCUACGUUCGAGGAGGCGGAACGUGACAAACAGGGUGUGGAGGUCCGACCGGUAGUCGGAGGCCUUGACUUCGAGAUUGUUGAACUCGCAGGCGCCCAGCAUGGCGUGCAUAAAACCCUCGUCAUUCGGUCCACAAGCGCAUUAUCUCGCCUUACAAUUGUAGAUAUCAAUGUCUCCGCCAAACCUUCAAACAUGCCGUGCCCUUUUCGUGCUGCUACUCAAGGCGGCACUCGUGCGAUUUACAAUCAAGGAACCAAUAUUGUUGUCACCCUGCGUCACGACCAGCGAGGGCGCUAUGCAGGCCGCAUAGAAAUUGUAUUCGAGAAUGAAAGCCAUAGACGAUUCGUCAUCAUACGCGAAGUGCGUGCGACGAUCGGCGAAGCCGUUGAACAUGAUGCAUUGAAGGCCACCACGCCUUACGUUAAGCCCCAGCGGGUCCCGUGGAGGCGCGGCCAGGAGAUCAAAUUGAAGUUCAGCCGUCUGAACGAUUGCAAGCCCACUGUUUUGAAGGAUGGACCGACGGCAGGGCAGCGCUUCAAUGUGCACUUCAAGAUGAAUCGCAUCCCACUCCGCCGGCAGCAUCAGGCAUUGGCUGCCACUCCCAAUGCGGCCAGUCUGCCAAUUGUACCAUUCAAUCCGUGCAUUGCGGGCAAUGCAGAGCAACUUCAAGCUAUAAGAUCUAUACUGCAAGUUCGAAAAGGUGCUGCACCGUUCAUUAUAUUCGGCCCACCAGGUACCGGAAAGACCGUGACAUUAGUUGAGACUAUACGACAGAUCUUAGCUCGCGAUAAAGAAGCACGGAUCUUAGCAUGUGCUCCCAGCAACAGCGCAGCCGACAUCUUAGCACGGCGCUUGAAUAGCCUGAGCAACACCGAGCUCUUCCGGUUCUAUGCCGUGUCCAGACGCCGAGAGCUCGUCCCGGACGAUCUACUGGGGUAUACGUACAUGGACGGUCAAGGCCACUUUUCGGUCCCCCAAGUAGCUGAUCUCGCUACGUUCCGCGUCAUCAUCUCUACUUGUGGCUCGGCAUCGUUCGCCUACGGCGUCGGUCUGCCACCGGGUCACUUCACCCACAUAUUCAUUGACGAGGCAGGUCAGGCGACAGAGGCUGAAACGAUGACGGCAAUGAAGACAAUCACUACCCCAUCGACGCAACUUGUUCUCUGUGGAGAUCCCAAGCAAUUGGGACCCAUCAUCACAUCGAGCGUUGCGCGCGAGUUGGGGAUGGGUGUCAGUUUCUUGGAACGGCUCAUGGAACGAGACGUCUACAACGAGAGACUAUGGAGAGGUAGAACACUUGUCAAGCUUGUUCAGAAUUUCCGAUCUCACAGGGCAGUUCUGACUUUCUCGAACGAACAGUUUUACAACUCAGACUUGCAAGCCUGUGGCCCCGCACGGGUCAUCGAUUCGUUCAUCGGGUGGAACGAACUCCCUAAUCGAAAAUUCCCAAUCAUCUUCCAUGCCGUGUCCGGCAAGGACGAGAGACAAGCGUCCUCACCGUCAUACUUCAACUUGGAUGAAGUCUUAGUCGGCAGAGAUUAUAUACGGAAGCUAAAGUCCGAUCGCCGAUUCACUACCUCUGAUGAGGAAAUCGGGGACAUCACUCCAUAUAACGCACAGGCACGUAAGUUUCGCGAAGCGCUCAAAUUCGCGAACAUAGGAACCAGUAUAAAGGUCGCAAGCGUCGAAGAGUUCCAAGGCGAUGAGCGCAAAGUGAUAAUGCUAUCGACUGUUCGGAGCAGCAAGGAGUUGCUUACAUUUGAUGCAAAAUACACACUCGGCUUUGUGGCGAAUCCACGCAGGCUGAACGGUAAGAAUUCACUCGAGCAUUCUGGGCAUGAUGUUGAUACUCUAUUCGCUAUGAACAGUGGCCAUCACUCGGGCGAAGGCCCUCUUGAUCUGUCGAUUGACCCGUUAUGGCGAAGGUUCCUCAACUACGUCGCUUUGAACAAUGGAUGGCGCGGAAUACCGAUCAGCUGGGACCCACACGCGCCUGUGCAUGAUGGCGGAUAUGAAAAUGAGCUUAGAGAGCAGGGCGUCGAGGACAUUACAGACUUCAUGCAACGCAUGCAAAAUUACUUGGGCGACGACGAUCAAAGUGCACACGACAUCAUGGAGGGUCAGAUAAACGCAGAUGGCGUCUGGCGGGAGCGCGAGUAG